AUGCCGCCCAAAAAGCAAGGACGGUCCCGUGCGGAUCGAAGCCGGCCAAAGGAUAUUCAUCGACGCACCCCCAUUGCUGAGACCCAAGAAGACUGGGAACCCUGGGAAUUCCGUCAUCAAGCGGAGAUGACUCAAACAUCCCAUAGAAAGGGCCGUAACGCAGAGGAACGAGCGAAGUCCAGAAGGACCUCCAAGUUAAACUGGCGCCGUCGAAGCGACGAGGAUCAGCAGGGCCAUCCUAAGGCAAGGCCUAUACCUAAGGGUAAGCCCACUCAACACAAAGGUCCCCGCAAUACGAUGAGGCGUGACCGGAGAUACUGGACUGGGACGCUCGACUCAAACGAGCCCGAGAGGAUGGAAGCAUCCGGUUCCCACGGGGGGCGGCAGUCCAGCUACAUUCAUAUGGGAAUAGAAGAUGCUUCGGAUGAAGAUAGCCAGCUGUUCGGGCGUGGGAUGGAAGACGUGGCCGACUCCGAUGAUCAACAAUACCAAAUCCGUUAUGAUGGUAAGUGA